AUGUCGAGCCCACUGAGCGAAGUCGAUCGCGAGCUCCUCGGUGAGAUUUCCUACAACAACGGAACUAAAGCUACCAUGGCUGAGGCCAACGGCGGACCGGGCCUUGGAACUCACGAGUACUCUCAUGGCGCUGAAUUCACCCCCCUCAACGCUACUGCCGGUACCCUGGUCAAGGUCAGCAGCAAUGGUGAUGAGCUCCAGGCUGAUGAAGGCACCAACAUGGACAACACCAAACCUGCUCCUAAGACACCCAAGAAGCGUGGUGCUGCCGCUUCGGCCAACGACGACUCCGCUCAGCCAACCAAGAAGCGCUCUCCUACCAAGAAAGCGACUGCUGCUACCAAUGCCGAAACCAACAUCAACGGAGAAGCCUCUGAUCCUAUCACUCCCUCUUCCAAGAAGCGUGCUUCACCAAAGAAGAAGAGUGCGGCUGAUCCUAAUGUCGAGACUGUGGAUGGAGAGACGAUUGAAGAGACUGAGGGCCCUGAGCCGGUCACUCCUAAGAAAGGAAAGCGCGUGACUGCUAAAGGCAAAGCCACCAAGGCCGAUAAUGAUGUCAAGAUCGACAACGAAUCUGCCGAGACCACUGACAAAUCUCUGUCCCCCAUCAAGGGCAAUGGCGAAUCUAAUGCAACUACUGUCCACAACAUGCCUCGCAAGCGUCAGGCGCCCAAGAAAGAACUUGCAGCUCCUCGCGGCAUCCCGAGCUCCUGGGACAAUGCCGACCAUGCUGAUAGGAUGAUGGUCACGAUGAAGGAGAAGGGCGAGGGAUGGGCCGAGAUCCGUGCCGCAUGGAAGGAGGCGACCGGACAGGACACGGCUUCCAGCACGCUCCCGAACCGCUACAAUCGCAUCAAGGUGAACAUGAUGCGCAUGAAGGAAGGCGACGACCAGCACCUCCUCCUCGCCAAGAAGGAAAUCGAAGACGCCUACAACACCGGCUUCUGGGCCAACGUCGCCGCCAACAUGGAACGUCGCGGCGCCGACAAAUACCCCAGUGCCUUCCUCCAGAAAACCUUCAAGGAGCUCGAGGCCGCCGGCAAAGCCACCAUCAAUCCGGUCAACGGCACCGCUGCCACUGGAGCCGAGGAGAACGACGCUAUCAAAGAGGAGGAUACGGGAGAGGGCGACGACGCGUAG